AUGUCUACGAAAAUUCAUGCUAACAUCCAGGGAAUGACAACAGUUGGAACCAAAGGAGAUGACCAGAGUGCCAACAUCCAGGGAAUGACUACAGUGGGAACCAAAGGAGAUAACCAAAGUGCCGAAAUCACUCAAAUUGAUACAAAAUCACAAGAAUCAAACAACAGCAUUUCCAAGGAUGAUCCUGUAGAGAACUAUGUUGACAACACAACCGACAAACCCCAAAUACAAAGGGUUCCAUCAUUGCUGCGUGACAUACAAUCCAACGACAAAUGUUAUGAUCCUCUCGUAGUUUCGAUAGGCCCUUAUCAUCAUGGAAAUCCACAGCUCGAAUCAUUCGAAAAUCUAAAAAUUCCAGUCGCACACAAAUUCAUUCGUGCUUGUGGUAACCAAGUAUCCUACAAACAGUUAUAUGAAGAGGUGGCAAAGGUGGGUGAAAGUGCCCGCAAAUGCUAUGAGAAAGGCUCAACUGAAAAGUAUGAUGAUGAAUCGUUCAACAAAAUGAUGUUUCUUGAUGCUUGCUUUGUGCUUCAAAUUAUCUUAUCUAAAACUAACAGUAAUCAAACUGGAGAAGAUCUACUAGGACCUUGGGCUCACCACCUUGUUUUUGCAAGGAGGGGCUUGUUCUUGCUAGAGAAUCGAAUUCCUUUACUAGUACUAAAAGUUUUGAUAAAAUUCAGACAAAACAAGCUCAUUGGGUCAUCUCCUGAAGACAAAAAGGGGCAGAAAUGUUUCAAAUGCCUUCUACAUCUACUUCCGGAAUGGCUCAUUGGAUCAUCCCCUGAAGACAAAAACGAGGAGAAAUUUGUCGAAUGGUAUUCGUAUCGUUCAGUAACGGAGCUUGAAUCAGCAGGAAUUCAUUUCAGACCAAGUCAAACUGACCAUUUUACUGAUGUAAAGUUCAAAUCUCACCUUCUUUCUUAUACUCUUACACUUUGUCCAAUCGUGGUGGAAGAUUCAGCAAAAUCUUUGUUAUUAAACUUGGCGGCUUAUGAAAUGUGUCCCAAUGACCCUUCUGAUUAUCGCAUUAUGUCAUACAUUUGCCUGAUGGAUUCACUCAUUGAUCAUGCUGAUGAUGUUAAAGAGUUCCGGAAAAGAAAAAUUCUUCUCAACAGUUUAGGCAGUGACGAAGAAUUGGCGCGACUCUUUAACGAGAUAUCUAAUAAUGUGGUAUAUGAUAAUGAUGCAUAUAGAGAUGUUAAGAUGCAGAUUGAAAAACAUUGCCAGAGUAAAGCACAAGUCUGGAUGGCUGAAUGGAUACACAACCAUUUUAGAAGUCCUUGA